UUCAGCAUGACGAUCGAUCAAGCACAGCACCCAAGUGUUCAACAGAAGCUAGCCGGAAGCCUUCUUCUUCGAUCAUGUGACGGUGGUUUCCGGCAGCCACAUUAUCCCUACUUGAGGCAAUCUCAGUACAGAAAAUUAACAAAUGGGUCAUUUCAGGCAUCAACUGAUCACCUCUCAAUGGUUGUGCCGAAACUAGGGGCAUCGCCGGCUAUUUGUGUCCAAGCUCCGGCGGAGAAAGGUUUCUCGUCAUUCGCGAUUGAUUUUCUUAUGGGCGGAGUUUCUGCCGCCGUAUCAAAAACCGCCGCUGCUCCAAUUGAACGAGUGAAACUUUUGAUCCAGAAUCAAGAUGAGAUGCUUAAAGCCGGGAGGCUGUCUGAACCCUACAAAGGCAUCGGCGACUGUUUUGGUCGAACCAUUAAGGACGAAGGGUUUGGUUCCUUGUGGCGAGGAAACACUGCUAAUGUCAUCCGUUACUUUCCGACUCAGGCACUGAACUUUGCAUUCAAGGAUUACUUUAAGAGGCUUUUCAACUUUAGAAAAGAUAGAGAUGGGUAUUGGAAAUGGUUCGCUGGCAACCUGGCAUCUGGAGGUGCAGCCGGUGCUUCCUCCCUUUUCUUUGUUUAUUCCCUUGACUACGCCAGAACCCGUUUGGCAAAUGAUGCUAAGGCGGCAAAGAAGGGUGGUGGAGGGCGGCAGUUUAACGGUUUGGUUGAUGUCUACAAGAAGACAAUGGCAACCGACGGCAUUGCUGGACUCUACCGUGGAUUCACCAUUUCAUGUGUUGGAAUCAUUGUGUAUCGUGGUCUUUACUUUGGGUUGUAUGACUCUUUGAAGCCUGUCAUCCUUACUGGAGAUUUAGCGGAUAGUUUCUUCGCUAGCUUUGCACUUGGUUGGGUGAUCACAAAUGGAGCAGGACUUGCAUCAUACCCAAUUGACACUGUUCGUAGAAGAAUGAUGAUGACAUCAGGUGAGGCAGUGAAGUACAAGGGCUCCAUGGAUGCACUCUCUCAGAUUCUAAAGAACGAAGGUGCCAAGUCUCUCUUCAAGGGUGCUGGUGCCAACAUUCUUCGUGCCAUUGCUGGUGCUGGUGUGCUUUCUGGUUAUGACAAACUCCAGCUCAUCAUCUUUGGCAAGAAGUAUGGAUCUGGAGGUGCUUAAUUAAUUAUCAUGUCAUAUCACAGCUACAUGAAUGGUGAUGAAAAGCUUUAAUUUGCUCAAGUUUUGAAUAAGAAGUUAGUUUUGGAAAGGUGCUGGAUGGUGUAAUGAUAUAUAUACCAGGCAUCCUUUGUAGAUGGAAACCUUAUUUGUAACACUCCUAAAUUUUAUUAGAACUUGAAUACUAAUUGCGAUUGCAAAUGCAAUUACUAUGUUUUAGGUGAAUGAUAUGUUUUUGUCUCAAGUACUUCCCAUUCUUUGGUACCGAUAUCUACAUUGCUCCAUAAAACAUUGUUAUCAACUUCAUUUUCUUAUGAG